CGGUGGUCCGGUGGCCGGUGGACGUCACGGGAAGUUCGCCAACUCCCACAGUGGAAUAGCUAGCCAUUAUUCAUUAGGCCUAAACAAUAAGUAAACCACUCAAGUCUUAAGUGAGACACUGAGACGACUCACACAGUUCACAGCCUAAGAUGCCAUGGAAGCUUUGUGGAGUUUGGAAGACAAACUGAAGCUGUCGACCCAGGAAACACUACUUCUCUUUGUGUGCGCUGCUUUCGCCGUCGUCGGACUCUGCGCCACGACGAUGCUGAAAAGGAAGAAGAUCGGAGGGAAGGAGCUCAUCGACGAAGGCCCUGGUGCUGUUAAAGCAGGUGGUUGGGGAACGAUAAAGAGAGCAUUGAUGUGUUCGGUGCGGUGGAGUGGAGCGUGUAGGUGGGAGGACAUGGACGCCGGGAACUGGAAGCAGCGCAGGCCACCACUGCUGGUGAAAGGAAGCUAUGAAGCAAAUGGAAGGUGGCAGAGCCAUAACUCGGUGUCUCCAGUGUGGCAAAGGCCGAUUCUGAUGGGAGAGAAGUGCGAGCUACCCAAGUUCAGCGGGCUCAUCCUUUAUGACGAGCAAGGAAGGCUGCUUCAUCACUCCAACUCCAACGGAGGAUCCACUACUCUCCAGGUGAUUUGGACUUUAUAG